AUGAAUAUAAUACGAGCACGUACGAAUAUAGUUGGACAAACGCCACCACGUACAUCACAAUACGUUGGCCCAUAUCUGUUACAAAAAACUUUAGGAAAAGGACAAACUGGCCUUGUGAAAUUAGGUAUACAUUAUUUGACAAAUGAAAAAGUAGCAAUCAAAAUAGUUAACCGUGAAGCAUUAUCAGAAUCAGUUCUCAUGAAGGUCGAACGUGAAAUAGCCAUUAUGAAAUUAAUUGAACAUCCUCAUGUAUUAAGAUUGUAUGAUGUUUAUGAAAGUCGAAAAUAUUUAUAUUUAAUAUUAGAACAUGUUGCUGGUGGAGAAUUAUUUGAUUAUCUUGUUAAAAAAGGACGAUUGACACCAAAAGAAGCACGAAAAUUUUUUCGUCAAAUAAUAUCGGCACUGGAUUUUUGUCAUAGUCAUAUGAUAUGUCAUCGUGAUUUAAAACCAGAAAAUCUUUUACUCGAUGAUAAAAUGAAUAUUCGUGUUGCUGACUUUGGUAUGGCAUCAUUACAAGUUGAAGGUUCAUUUUUAGAAACAAGUUGUGGCUCUCCUCAUUACGCUUGUCCAGAAGUAAUUAAGGGAGAAAAAUAUGAUGGACGAAAAGCUGAUGUUUGGUCGUGUGGUGUUAUCCUGUAUGCCCUUUUAGUGGGCGCAUUACCGUUUGACGAUGAUAAUCUUCGUCAGUUGUUAGAAAAAGUGAAAAAAGGCGUUUUUCAUAUUCCACAUUUUGUUCCGCCAGACUGUCAACAACUUUUACGUGGAAUGAUUGAAAUUGAUCCAAACAAACGUUUAACGUCUAAUGGGAUUGUUCGUAUUAUUGUACUUCAGUAUGCAUGUGAUAACUUUCUUAAUCUUGUGACCUUAUGCUCAAAGCAUGUUUAUAUUGAGACGCUAUUAUGUGAAAACAAAGGGACAAAAGCUGAACUUGAGCUCGAAUUACCGAUGGUUCAAGUCGUUCAAACAACAAUAAUUCCAAAAGAAGAAGAUAUCGACCCAGAUGUGUUUGGAGCAAUGACAUCAUUAGGUUGUUUCAAAGAUCGACAACGUUUAAUUGAUUCAUUAUUAAACUCAAAACAUAAUACAGAAAAAGUAAUAUAUUUCUUAUUACUUGAUCGAAAAUUAAGACAACCAAGUAUGGACGAUACCGAUGACAUUAAAUCACGAAGUCGUUCAACAUCACCUGAUAUGCCACAAAAGCGUGUUGAUCGCUAUCGAUUUAAUGGUGGUAAUUCAAAUAUGAGUCCGAAUAUUCGUCCAAAUAUCGGUCAAUUAGCAGAAGGAUCACCAUUGGUACCAAGACGACAAUUACAUUCCAGCAUAAUCAAACAUUGUUCAGCGAAUAAUACUCCUUCUGUGAGUCCUUGUUCAUCUCCCACAGUUCCGAAAAAGGAGAUGACAUUUACAAAAUUAACAAAUUAUGUUGUCAAAACUGAUCAUCCUUCACAUCAUCGUAAUUCAGCGCAAAAUAAUUCUUUAACCGAUCAGCAUCCCUAUUCCAUUGCUUCUUAUGUUUCCCCAACAUCCGCUACUCCAUCCUCAUCAGCAUCAUCAAGUUCAACUAUAAUUAAUAAUGGUGCAACAAAGAAUCAUUCCUAUCAUUCUCAUUUUCAUCAACAACGUCAAUUAUCUGUUCAUAAUACGUCAACAUCGACAACAUCAAAUCCAGUUCAAAUGAAUCAUACAUCACCAUUACAACAGCAACAGUAUAAUAAUGAAAAUCAAUUAUUAACCGCAACCACUUCACCUAUUCAGCAACAGUCAUCCAAUAAUAAUAUUUUAUCACCGUCAAAUAAUAAUAAUAGCAAUAUUUUAUCGCCUCACAUACCGAUCACUAGUAAUCAGAGUAUAAAUAGUCAACCAACAACUCCACAAACACCAAAUAGUAAUCAAUGGAGACACAAAUUAAAUAAUUUAAAACAAAGUUUUCAAAGUGUUGGUACACCGAGAUUUCAUAGACGACCUAAAAUUCCAAUAGUUGAAAGUGAUAGUUCAAAUUCAACUCAGACAUCACCGCCACAACAUGGUGUAACACCUGAAGCCACAAAAAAGUCUUUAUUUCAUCAUAUUAUAGACGCUAUGCAAGAAGAUCAUCAUAUGAUUGUUGUUAAAGAUCGACCAUUAGCCACAAUUAAAACAGAUCUUAUACAUGCAUUUCUCUCCACACCUGAUCUUGUUCAUAAUGUUUUAUCUGGCACACAAUUUCGUUGUGAAUAUCGUCGACAAGAUCGUUCGUCAAUGUUUCAACGUAAUAUUCGAUUUCAUGUUGAAAUAUGUACAGUGAAAGCAAAUGAUGUAUUAACAAAUGACAGUUAUUAUGUUACAUUUACACUUAUCACGGGUCAAGCAAGGCGUUUCAAAAAGUUAUGUGAAGAAAUUCAAAUAUUAUUUCUUACAAGUAAAGAACGUUUAACAAAACAGCAACAACGAAGACCCGUAGAUAAAGAUUAUAUUACAGGCGGACAUUUAAGUAAUAUUAAUUUACUAGUAACUACAACACCGAUUACUAAUACAACUAAUGUUACAACAACAACAACAUCAAACAGAACAAGCGUACCAUCUUUUGCUCAUAACAAUAAUGGAACAUCAUCAGUUUCUAUUAAUGCCAGUAAAGAUAGUUCUAUAUCGUCUUUAUCGUCAUGUUCAAAUGUAUCAUUGACCAGUCCACCUCAACUACAACAUCCAUUAUUUUCACCAUCUUUAUCUGUUACUACCGUACCUCAGCAGCAAACAACGAUAACCGCCGCUUCAGUGUCGAAUAUAAUAACAUUUAAAGAUGAUGUUCCUCUUUCAACUCAGAUAUCACCACCAUCUACUGCAUAUUUAAUGGAUAAUAUACAAUCAACCAUAGCCUCUCCUACAUCUUCUACAGGAUCUAAAUUUGCUCGAAUUGGUGUAAUUAAAUUUCCAGAUGCGCUAAAUAAACGUUCAACAGCAGCACUUACUGCUGGAAUAGAAAAUAUACGACGUACAACUCUUGUAACUCCACUGUUAUUCCAGCUAGCACACGCCAACCGAACUGAAGAACAUCGUUUUGAUUAUAAUAUAAAACACUAUUUUCUACGUGCACUUUCACUUCACCAGGCACACGUCUACGUUACACUCUAUGGUUAUCGAAUAACACCAGAUUUCUAUGAUGACGGUGAUGAAACGGAAGAAGUUAUACACCCACCUUAUGCUAUCCAACAGAUGGAACAGCGAACACUCGAAGAAUACGAACAAUCGAAUGAAAGUUGUUCAUGCGGUGAACACUACUGGCAUUCAAUCAAAGAAAUUGAUACAAACAAAUAUGAUGGCCGUAUUAUUGAAGUAAAUGAUGGAAAUCAACUAUUUAAAUUAUCAAUUCAAUUCAAAUAUCCGUGUAUUCACUUACAAGAACAAGAGGCUAACUCGUACAAAUACAAUAUGUAUCAAAGUGAGCAAAAUAAAUCUAUAUAUCAACUGAGAGCAGCAAACAAAGAUGAUGUAUUACAAUAUAUAUUUCGGCAUAUAGAACAAUUUAAUUUAACGUUGAAAAUGUUAUUAAAUCAAUUCAACAUAUCUUCGUUAGAUGAUAUAAAGACAUGGAAUCAAUUUAGUUUGUUGUGUGAACAAGCAGUUAAAUGUACGGACGGUAGUGAAGGCGUACAACAUGAAAAGAUUAUCUUUAGUUUAGAUACGAUGACAGAAACGAUUACAACGCAUAACUGUGAAAUGUAA